CACGCCUCACGUCCCGGCAGUCAACGUCGUCCGGGCAGCAACCAACAAGCUACAGCACACGCUGCCUGGGCCGAGGUGUUGAGCUAACAACAGCAACAAUGCGCAUCAAGGAAUAUCCUGAAAUAGUUUUCGAUGUCAUACCCAAAUUGUAUGAGCAGCAGACCAAAGUGUUUAUAACGAAUCUGUGCGAGAUGGAGCAGCAGCUGGAGCGGCUGCCCAAAAAGCUUUGCAAGAUGUACACAACACGCCCAUUGGCUGAGCAGCUGUUUCUUUAUCUUUCAACACGACACGCUGAUAUAACAAAGAAAGAUUUUCACAUUGUGCAAGACUCGGAGCCAUUUAAACUGCAGCUGAGCACUGGGCAUAGUUUGCAAGUGAUGUUCUGUGCUGGAAGUGAGCUGGGCAAUACGCUAAUGGUGUUGAUAAGGAAAGCCCAAGGGCCGGGCGUAAUGCUUUACUACUACUCAGCAGUGCAGCAGUUUGAUCUUUGUCGCUCGAUACGCAAUGCGAAUUAUAUAGAAUGGAUACGUGAAGGCACUGAGUUAAUUUUGUUGAAUCUGCAGCAGGUGGAGGCGCCAUUCCGACCAGUGGACUAUGAUGAAAUUGCUAGGAAUAUAACUGCAUUUAAUAAAGCAAAGCAAGCAGUAGCAAGAAUAAAGCUGCCGCUGUUUGGCUAUGAGCAGUUGGUUAAGAAAUUGGCAGCAACUGUGCUGCGUGGGCAAAUUGAACUGCUUGGCAGCUAUGCCGAGAGCUACAGCAUCCUCUGCACCGAUACGCCCCUAAGACUGCCCAACCAUGUGGUGCGUUUACAGAUAUGCGCUCGCUCUGAAUGGAAUUUAAGCUCGUGCUCGAGCUUUCAGCUGUAUACAGUGAACUGGUCACCAGUUCCGCAUCGCGUCAAUCUCAUACAGCUUUGUAGUCUGCUGCGUCCACUGCAUAUUAAUGGCAUUGUAGGCUAUCAUACCUCGGGCUAUGUGCCGCCAGUUCCUGAUUACAUUGAAAGCAGCUUAAAGCUCGGCAAUUCGCCCAAGCUGCAGCUGCCAACGCUAGAAAGCUUAACAGCUCAGUUCUGAGGAGCAAGCUCAGUCUCAGUCCAAGCAGCAAAUCUCGCCCAAGAACU